AUGGAGGAGCCCAAGGGCGAUCAGAGGCCGCAUCAGCGCGUGGAGGAGUCUCCGCCAGGUGCCGGGGUCGUAACGGACUCGCGGACCGAGUCGCCGGCCCAAGAGGCAUCGCAGCGGCGUAGCUUCCAGCGGGACGAGAGACCGGCUGUCGGCGAGCCGAGCGACCGUCCGGCUACACCCUCGGCAUCGGCAUCAGCCACGGCCAACAGGCAGCAGCAGCAGCAGUCGCCGGGACUCGCCAAGAAGGCCUCCUCCAAGGCCAGUGUGUAUCCCUCGCGAUUGUCCAACGUUUCCAGGGAUGCUUUUGGUCCAAAGCUCGAGUCACAGGAGGGCUCGCUAUCGGCCUCCCACACUACCAUAUUCCCAGGCUCCGAAGAUGGAGAGUUUGACAAGAGUAUCGAUUAUCCAGGAGUGAGUCCGACUACGUCCACCAUCCUAGCGCCGAUCACCAAAAGCUGCGAUGACUUCCCGGUGGAUUACGAAUACGAUACCCUCUUCUUCCGGGACGGCCGCCGGAGGAUCGAUAUGAUUCUCGUGUACCGGGAGGAGAACGAGGGCGUGAUGACGGAGCUGGAGGCACGCCACCGGGAGCAGCGUCACGUGUUCGAGCAGAAUCUUCUGAAGGAGGGACUCCAGUUGGAGCUUGAAUCCAAGGAGAAUUCCUUCGACGGCAAGACCUACUUCCUCAAGCUACACAUACCGUGGAAGGUCAAGGUCCAGUAUGCGGAGCUCAUGAAUCUGAAACUGCCAACCAAGCGAUUCAUCACGAUAUCCGUGAAGGCGUGGGACGAGGAGAACGCCAAAAGCAAGGCCAAGUCCUGGAAGCGAUGGAUGCACUGGGUCGAAAGGAUACGCUGUAUACAUCUAUGGGACACGAGCAAAUAUCCCGAGGAGCCAAGUUUUUAUGCGAGUACUGAUUCUGGUGACAGAGAGGAGAGAUUUGUGGUGAAGGAUCGUGACACCGCUUACACACCGGCCCAGCGGUCCUUAAUAGUCAUGCAGAUCCUGUUGCGAGCUAAAUACGACGAGGUGCACGAGAAGGCCGGCAUAAGGAGGCUCCUCGCCGACGGUACCUACAUCGACUGCUUCUCGCUCCACGAGGGGGUGUACAAUAAGCCGGCGAGCAACGGGCAGAUCCUCGAUCGACACCUCCUCUACCUGAUAUGGGCCCGACCGGGACAAUGGUACAAGAAGCAGCCGCUCUGGCUGAUAAGACGCUACUUCGGCGAGAAGGUCGCACUGUACUUCGCCUGGUUGGGCUUUUAUACGCGAGCCCUUUAUCCACCGGCGAUAGUCGGAUUGCUGUGCUUCUUCUAUGGAUUGGGCAGCAUGGAGGGCGCGGAUAAUAUUCCUAGUAACGAAAUUUGUGACUUUAAGUUAUCGGGAAAUAUUACGCUUUGCCCCUUAUGCGACAAGGCGUGCCCUUACACAAGACUCGGAGACUCGUGUCUCUUCGCUAGACUGACCUACCUUUUUGAUAAUCCCUCUACGGUCUUCUUUGCCAUAUUCAUGUCCUUUUGGGCGACGACGUUCCUGGAGAUGUGGAAGCGAAAGCAGGCAGUGCUCGCCUGGGAGUGGGACCUGCAGAACGGCGAGGGCGACGAGGAGCCGAGGCCCGAGUUUGAGGCAAGUGUCAAAACCUUCCGGAUAAAUCCAGUGACCAGGGAGCGCGAGCCGUACCUGCCUGUGUGGUCCAGGACGAUGCGCUACGUCGCCACUGGCUCCAUCGUCUUCUUCAUGAUUUGCGUGGUCCUGGGAGCAGUACUUGGCACGAUAAUCUACAGGAUCUCCCUGGUCGCGGUAUUUCACGGGGGCGGCCACUUUCUUAAACGGCAUGCAAAGAUCUUCACUUCACUGACUGCGGCCUUCAUCAAUUUGAUCAUAAUCAUGAUUCUGACUCGGAUUUAUCAGAAACUCGCCCGGUGGAUGGUGAAUAUGGAAAAUCCACGGACGCAGACCGAAUACGAGGCUAGUUUUACCUUCAAAAUCUUCCUCUUCGAAUUUGUUAACUUUUAUUCGUCCCUCAUCUACAUCGCAUUUUUCAAGGGAAGAUUUUACGUGCAUCCGGGUGACGCAGAGUCGCGCUCCUCCGAAUUCUAUCGGAUAAAGACGGACGUAUGCGAUGCAUCCGGUUGCCUCUCCGAGGUCUGCAUCCAAUUGGCAAUCAUCAUGAUCGGAAAGCAAGUGUUUAACAACUUUGUGGAAAUAUUGUCGCCGAAGAUGUGGAAUUGGUGGCGCAAGCGGACUCACGUUGCCGCGACAAAGGACCAGUCGAGGCCCUACACCAGCUGGGAACAGGAUUACCAACUGCAGGAUCCCGGCAGGCUUGCGCUCUUCGACGAAUACCUAGAAAUGAUAAUUCAGUACGGCUUUGUGACCCUAUUCGUUGCCGCAUUUCCGCUCGCGCCCCUCUUCGCUCUUUUGAACAAUAUUGCUGAAAUACGACUGGACGCUUACAAAAUGGUUAAGGAAGCUCGGCGACCUCUGGCCGAGAGGGUCGAGGACAUCGGUGCCUGGUACGGAAUCCUCAAGGGUGUUACGUAUGCCGCUGUUGUAUCCAAUGCAUUUGUCAUCGCCUACACCUCGGACUUCAUACCUCGCAGUGUAUACGCAUUCGUAUAUUCGCCAACGGACGACCUGGUGGGCUACAUCGACAGUUCCCUCUCCGAGUUCAACACGUCACACUACACGGCGGAUAUGCGCAACGAGGAGGAGCAGUACAAGGCCCCGCCAACGUGUCAAUAUCGUGGCUAUAGGAACGGGCCCGAUCACAAGGACGACCCUUAUGGACUCAGUCCCCAGUACUGGCACGUCUUCGCCGCCAGACUUGCUUUCGUCGUUGUCUUCGAGCACGUCGUGUUCGCGCUCACGGGUAUAAUGAGCUAUGUGAUACCAGAGACGCCACGCUCGGUAGCUACGCAGCUGCAACGCGAGCGUCUCCUUGCCCAGGAGGCAAAGUACGAGAAGGGAGUGGGUGGCCGCGAGGAGGAGGACGAGGUGCUCUCGGUGUUGCGCGAGGCCGGUAUCGGUGGAUGUCGAGCUACGGGGCCACGGGCCAGCUGGGCCCGACGUUUCAGCAAGCUGAGUGACGGCCUGGAUGCUCACGUCGAGGUACCGCCGCCCCGCCAUCAGCGCCACAAUCUCAACAACAAACCCGCCGACGGGUCGACCGUCUGGGAAGUGACCUGAGGUUCCCUCAUUCGCAACACCCGCGUCCCGCCUCUUCCCCCCUGAACAUUAUCCGGAAAGCGCGAGCCUUUUGCGGCUCGUUUCCUCUCCUUACCUGUACAUACCCACGAGCGCCGAACUUCGCAAGGCCGUUUUAUCAAGUGCUAACAUUCGCCGAUUAUUUCGAUUAAGCGCUUGAGCGAAGCUGUGAUUACGUCAAUUUCGAGGCAAAAGGAAGACUACAGUGAUGGGAAACGUACUAUUGAUAGACGAUAAAUGUAUAGAAGCUGUAUUAUCGAUGUAAUUUAGUGUUGCUCGGCAGGUUUUUGUCCGGACGGCAACGAUCGAACUCGAAACAACCUAAUGUCCUAAUGAACUUUGGAAAGAGCAAUGUAUCUGACGAUUAUGGGGCUCUAUAAAUUUCCAUUCCCAAACGUUGAAAAAUUUUGUAUAUGCAGUUGAUUGUCCACCGCGCUACUUGGAUUAAACUAUUAACGUUAUUGAUUGAGAAGUA